AUGAUAUCGUAUAACAAACUCGCCCGGCUGGGGCUCCUGUGGGCCCUGCUCUUCCUCAGCCAUCCGGAGUCCAGUCUUGGAAUGCCGAAAGGGAAUGCUGCAAAGAGGUGUCAUGUUUGUGCCUCUCGUGAUGGCCGGCAGUCUUCGGGGAUGGGUGCAUAUAGGACUCAGCAACCACGUGAGAGGCACGAGACGCUAGCUUGUACGACCCUGCAGACACAGGGGCCUUGCAAUCGGCAGAUUGAAGUCCAGCUUCAUCACUGUCGACUCUGUGGACAGUACGCCUGGGUGCCCACUGGGGAUUGCCCGAGUCACUUUCGACCUCAGCCCAUCUACUCUGAUUCAGAUGACAUCGAGCUCAUCAGGCAGAUGGCAUCAGAUUCAGUGGACACUUCGUUGCGAUUGAUGCAGGACAGUAACAAGAUCCCUUCGAGCCUAUCCGAAUACCUCAACUCACUCAACCAGUUCAAAUCAAACGACCGAAUCGAAUCACUCUACUCAGACUACAGCUCAACCAGACAAUCCAACCCAGCUGGCUUCCAUUCCAACAACGCAACCUGGCAGAUCAUCCUCACCGACCUACUCAGACUCGGACUACAAACCAACUCAAAAGAAAUACAGAAAGGCAGAGGAGCUACCAGUGUUGAAGAGCAAACAGAAAAAGAAGAAACUCCUCCCGACCGAUUAGUCUUACAUCUCAACGACCAACUACUCGAAUCACUCAGACGACCAUCGAUCGGAAAACCCUAUGGCUUAGCAUGUCCACUCUGGGCACUCUCCUCACUCUCAGCCGCUUCAUCCUCAGCCGUCCUUGCACCGCUCAACUCGUUCCUCUCAACCGGAGGCUGGGGGCCGGCCACCGGGAUCACCACCACCAUGGUUCGCUCGAUCUCCUGGGCUUCCAGAGCAAUCACUAGGGGCACAAUCCUCGACCCCGACCAACGAUUCGAUCAGCUCGAACUCGACCAGAAACUUAACCUCGUCAAGAUCGAUUGGGUCAACCUCUUACUCCUUCGUCAAACCGCCGAUCGAGUCAUCGAGCGAUACCAACAACACUUCGUCGGACUCUCUCCCUCGAUCGACUGUCUAUACACUCAGUCUCAAUUCAUCGACCAGCUCACUAAAGACCUCUUCCCAUCCACUCAACCAAACCUCAAACUAUCGACCACAGACCUUGGGAUCCUGCUCAAACAUCUCGAACGUGACCGGAAGAUCUUGAUCUCUGAAAAAAAUGUCAUCAAAUUUGUCGUGCCUACCUCGAUCGAAUCUGAUCGAGAUGGAACAAAGUAUUCGAGGGUCGGGCCUGCUCCGAUUAACGAAGUUGAUCGAGGGGUGUUGUCAGUCAAACAGACCAUCCAACAAUUAAACCAACAGAUUCAAACCAUCAGCGCUCAAAUUGAGCAACGAACUCAAGAGGCGAAGAAAUAUAUCCAAAAGUCUCAGCCUGAGAUCGCAGCCAGUCACCUCAAAUCGAAGAAAGCCUUGAAGACUGUUCUGAGUCGACGGAUCGGGGUGUUAGAGAGCCUGAACGAAGUAUAUCUGAAAAUCGAACAAGCGAGCACGGAUGCAGAAAUCAUGAAUGCAUAUGAGACGUCGACGAAGACGUUGAAGAGCUUGCUCUCGGUGCCGGCGUUGAAUGUUGAUCGAGUUGCGCAGACGAUCGAGAACAUGGAGGAGGUCUUGGCGGACCAGAAGGAGAUCGACGAGGCGAUCAACGAGGUGUAUGAUCCGAGCCGCGCGAUCGACGACCAAGAGAUCGCCGCCGAGCUGGCCAGCUUGGUCGACAUCGCCCCGACGCCCCAGAAGUCGCAACCUCAACUGCUCCAUCCAGAUCCUACACCUAUUACUACGUCUACCUCCGUCGAGGAGUUACAAGCUAAACUUCACGCGCUGAGGGUCCCUGAAUCCCCUCAGCCUACUACCUCCGAACAAUCUACAUUACAUGCUGAGGACCAUGGUGAAGCUAAGAAAAUCGCCGAAAACGCUCCGUUGACUGGUUGA